CCACCAGUGUGCCCCCCCCGGAGUGGCUCAUCUCAGCCAUGCUCUCAAUCUCAGUGAGCUGACACCAAUGACCCAAGUCACUGUUCGGGGAUCAGCUAUCCGUCAAAAGUUCCUGUGUGUUCGAGACCCUUGGUGAACGGAUGUAUGCCCGCCCCUGCGCUGACUUGGCUUUGUAAAGGGGUCAAGAUGAGCGUGGAGGUCACGAGGGGUCAUGUGAAACCCUGAUUAAAAAACGGGAGGUUCCCAAAUCCUUCCCAGACCCCAUGGAAGUGCGCUGAACAGCCUGAGGCAGUACCUCACACACACAUGCACAAACACACACACACCCAGAGUGCUCCCAAUCACCUGACGGACUGAAAACAAAUACCAGCCAACCUCAACGUCGAAAAAACCUCUUCUCCCUCUGUUUUUUUCUGUUAGCCGUUUAAUCCGUAUUUCUUUCCUGUAAAGAUUCUUCUCUUAAACAAGAAUGGAUAAACCUCUUCCGAACACGGUGGCAUGGUGACAUGGUGGCAGUCAGAUGCACCAUGAAGGUUUAGGGGAAUAAUAACCAUCUGUUACACCAGCCUGUGCUUUAAUGGACAGUUUCACUCGGAAAGCGUUGUGGUGCUCACAGUUAGACGCUUAGGGGAAGUCAAACAUGGUUCUGCCCGCACCUGACAAACGGCACGUGUGUCUCACCACCAUCGUCAUCAUGACUAGCAUGGCCUUCAUGGAUGCCUACCUGGUCGAGCAGAACCAGGGACCCCGUAAAAUCGGGGUGUGUAUCAUCGUACUCGUGGGGGACAUUUGCUUCCUCAUUGUGCUCCGUUACGUGGCCGUCUGGGUGGGUGCCGAGGUCCGCACCGCCAAGCGAGGCUACGCCAUGAUCCUCUGGUUCCUCUACAUCUUCGUGCUGGAGAUCAAACUCUACUUCGUCUUCCAGAACUACAAGGCGGACCGGCGGAACUUAGAGACGGUGGCCCGGAAGGCCCUGACUCUUCUCCUGUCGGUUUGCGUGCCGGGCCUCUACCUCGUGCUGGUGGCCCUGGACAGCAUGGAGUACGUCCGCACCUUCCGGAAGAAGGAGGACAUGCGCGGCCGCCUCUUCUGGGUGGCCCUGGACUUACUGGACGUUCUGGACAUCCAGGCCAACCUGUGGGAGCCCCAGCGGACGGGCCUGCCCAUCUGGGCCGAGGGCCUGAUGUUCUUCUACUGUUACAUCCUGCUGCUGAUCCUGCCCUGCGUGUCCCUGAGCGAGAUCAGCGUGCAGGGCGAGCACGUGGCCCCGCAGAAGAUGAUGCUCUACCCGGUGCUCAGCCUGGUCACCAUCAACAUCGUGACCAUCGUCAUCCGCGGGGUCAACAUGGUGCUGUUCCAGGACAGCCGCGUCUCCACCAUCUUCAUCGGCAAGAACGUGGUGGCCAUCGCCACCAAGGCCUGCACCUUCCUGGAGUACCGCAGGCAGGUGAAAGAGUUCCCGCCGCCCCACGACCCCACCGCCGGGAUCGCCAUGGAGCUCCAGCAGAACUCUGUAGCCCACAAUCAAACGCUGCCCAACCACGCCACCAUGACCAGCCUCCCGGAGGAGCCGUCACCUCCCGCCGCGGUCAUCGACACGUGACGAACCAAACACUCUUUCUUCCUCCUCCACCCUUCCAGACACUACUGAUAUCUGCAUCCAGCGGUCCUAAUUGACUGGACACACUUGGACUGCAGAGACUUGUUUUUACCAGAGGAGUUUUUUUUUGUAAAACUCAUCGUCAUAAAUAUGUAUUUGUUCCAGAGAGGAGAGUUGGCAGCCUAUCAGGGUCAAAAGAAAAGCUCUCCCCUCCCUGAAUGGGAAUGCUUAAAAGUUCAGAACAGAGAUUUUUUUGUUAUAUUUAAAGAGGUAUUUUUGAGAUAAAAAGGGAAAAUCUUUCUGCUCUGGACUGGUGAAAACAUACACAGCUUCCAGCAGCCAGCUUUUCAUGUAUUGUAGAGGACUGCCUUCAUGGACGGGGAUUAGCACUAGUCCUAGAUCAAAUUACAUUUUGAAUGGAGAUUCUCUAUUUAAAGCAGUUUAAUCCAGGACUAUCACAAAUCUCUGUCUGUUUGUUUUCAAUCUUCUGAUGUAUCUCUCCCCAUCAGAUGUUUCUCUGGCACUGCCGAGAUGAUGCCCUGUGAAUCCAGAAACGGGAAGGCAAGCCGGGAGAGGGGAUGGCAUUAAAGAAGGAAGAGGGAAACGGGUGAGG